AUGGCCCGCGUGAGCGUCGUUCACGCUCUUCCAGUGUCACCAAACGAUAACGACGCCGUGGAAUGGAGCUUCCCUCCUGACCUGGAGUCUGAGAUAACCACCCUGGCCGCCUGGUGUCAGGUCCAUCAGCAGCAGAGGCUGCCCCUUUCUUCUUCCAUCGAGGACAGUGAUGAUGAUCUGGACGAGUCUACUAACAACGAAGAAGAAUGCACCAAUCUGCCCGUUCCACCAUCACCAGAUGGCGACGGGGCAAUGAAAAAGGGCUUUCUCGACCGACUUGCGGAGCUACUUUGCUACAGGAAAGACCCUGCAUUGAUCACGAGCACGGCUUUGAUCUACACUGAGAUGGGGGCGACUAUUGUGGCUGCUCGAAACUCGACCUCGCGCAGGAAAACUUGGUCGACCGAGGAUGUCAAGAUGCUCGAAUACUUGGCCGAAGUCCUCGAGAGAGUUUCGGCUGACGAUCUUUUCGAGUCCAACCCGCUUCCUGCGCUGCAACGCAUCUUGGUCGAAUAUUACAGUCAAAGAAUUCGGCACCACGCCAAAAAUGUCAUGUCUAUAGAAAAUGGAAACACGGGACUGAAUUUCUUCAAUGACGGCGUGUGUAAUGCCGUUGUCUCUGGCCAUCUAGAGGCAUACGACUUUGCUAGGCAUGUUGAGGCCAUAUCCUAUAGUACCGACUUUUACACCGGACUGAAGGCCACCCUGACAGUUGAUAAGCUUCGUCGCGUCGUGGAGGAAUUGGCAUUCAUUCGAAGGCCGAUGCAAGGUGCAGGAGCCUUUUUGCAUGUCGGUCAGCAAUACCCUGGCUUUCGCAAGGUUAGAAUCGUCUUACUCGAUAGUCUCCCCGCAAGGAAAGUCAAGACAUGGCCGUUGCCCAGGGAAGCAUUUUCAGUCACACCACAGCUAGAACCGAAAUACCACGCCGAACUUAAGAAGCACAAGAAUCUUCAUGCCGAGAUGGUGCUGAUGGCCUACUUUCUUGCGUGCAAGGGUCCUUGCCCGGAAGUUUUCCCGUAUCUUGGAGUCAGCAAGAAGACUUGCCUUCUUUGCGGGCACUUGCUUCGAGAAUUAGGCUUCUUCGAAACUCGAGCGAACCACGGGAAGUGCUAUUCGCAAUGGACAUUUCCCCACACAAUACGGACGACCCCUGAGAUAGCCGAGAGACUACGGGGGGCGGUUCAGCGUCUUAGAGACAUUCUUUGGGAUGAAGGGACAAAGCGCGACCUAUCUCACCGAGAUGCAGAGAAGGAAUCGAUGAUGGCGGUCCCAGUUGCGCCCAGGUAUGGAAGGAAGACGACACCUUUUCAUAGAUUGGUGGACGACCCUAGAUUUAUUGCGAGAGAGACCGAGUGGUUGGCCAUGUCUCGGAAGCGCGACGGAGAAGCCAAUAGCAACGACAAGAGCCUUGUUAAGCUCUCUGAUGCACGGGAUGGCGCCAGUACGCCAGAAGUUGACACCGAAGGCCUCGAAGGAAAGAAAACGGACGCCACUAGUCCAAUGGUUUGCGCUUUCUGCAAGGCCACCUGCGAACUCGCCCACAUUUGCAAAAAGUGUGGGGUUGCCGCCUACUGUGCUCUUGAUUGCUACCGUUCCGAUUGGCAUCGACACAAAUUUUCCUGCCGCUUGGGAAGGCCAACGGACGCCACGGACUAUUUGGUGCUCGCUUGUCACGCAAACAAGUUUUCCCUCGAAGACGAUGUAGCAAACAAGUAUGGCUUUAGGUAUUUUGCUUCGGGGCAUGACCGGUGGAGGCUCUUCAAGCUUUACCGCCGGCUUAUCGUCGACUGGAAGAUUGACGAGGACGAACUGCGCAGUGCGGUAGAGCAGAACAAGCUUAAGGAGAUGCUCACAUUUCGAUGCUCCCAAACCCAGGCCCCUUGUAUGCUCAGAGACAUGCAGUGGCUCCAAAGCGCGGAGGGAUUUGGCACCGAAGCCAAAGGACCUGGACUUGCCGUUAUCUUCGAGGCGGCGCAGAGGAAGCUGUUGAGUCCUAACGAACAAAGGGUGCCGAUUGUCGAACUUCAGCCGCCAGAAAAGCGACAGGCGCUUGUCUUCUACGUCCAGAUCCGCAAUGGAUUCAUGCCCAAUGCGGAUGAGGACAACUGGGUCUCAUUGGGCUUUUGUACAGCUGCGGACCCCGAAUCGGAACAGCGGCUCGCUUCCGCAUAUGGAUCGCUUGUGGAGCGAUGCUCAUUUGAUGAGUUCUGGAAGGCCAUGGCGGAGUCUCGAAUGGUGGAAUUGUUUGGGAAAUAUGGGCUUGCAGACCGAAUCUUGCACAUGCGCAAUUUCAAGGACUUGAUGACGAUUAUAAAGAAAUGGCAUCAGAGCGUGUGGGAGCUCAAGCGAUUCACAUGCAUGAACGUGGCUGAUCCGUUCCGAGCCGUUGUGGAGGACUACGGAUUCAAGAACUGCGAGGACGCACGCGAACGGAUGCAGCUUCGCGGGAUAUACCAGGAAUACUUUGAGCGGGGAGGAGAUGAGAUGAGACUCCACGAGGCAUGUAUUGCCGGAAACCUGGGGAGCUUCCUCGAGUCGGUCUUGGGAAGAAGCCUUGCGGUGUCCCCAAACCUUCUUCGAAAUUCUUAUCCCUUGGAAAACUGCCCUUAUAUGGGUAUGGUGACGGAUUCUGUUAUAGUAUGCCCAGAGUCUGCUUUGGAUCAGGUCAAAGCUUUUGCGAGUGGUGAUGGUGGGAAAGAGGCAUUGGUAAUUCCAAUUCCAGAUGCCUGGGACGAGGCGAUGACAAAAUCGCUUUACGAUCGUGCUGCGUUUCUAGGGACGGGGCUCAGAAAGCGGUACUACUCUGGAUCAGGCGGCAAAGUUCUCAUGUCGUUGGCGUUGCAGCAAGGUAGUCUGUAG